GAAUUUCCAUUGAGAAUAAUAUUAGUGUCGCAACUCGGGAAUCAAGUAUUUUGUGAAUAUUUUGAAUUAUUGAUGACGUGCCACGGAAAAAUGUGCGGUGCAUAGAAAAUAUAUGUAUUUCUCGUGGCAUAUAUUUAAACAAAAACAUAAAAACAAUGACUAGUUGUGACAAAGAUUGUGACAAAAAACGUUGGGAUUCCAGUCAGCUGAGAAAAUAUGAUUUGGGUUUGGAACCAAUCCCUAGAUAUCACUACCAAGAUCCCAAAGUUGAUGAGCUAAUCAAGAAAAAUCAACCUGUACUCAUAACUGGUUCUAAACUCGUAGAAUCAGCCUUACAAAAAUGGAGCCUAGAAUAUUUAGAGAAAAAUCUAGGCAAAUCAGGCUAUACAGUCUACUUAUCCAGGAAUCACAAGUUCAAAUACUUUGAUGAAAAAAAAAUGCUGACCAAAACUAAUCAAAAGGGUGUAGAAUUCACACCAAUAUCCAAAAGAGUGGAUAUGAAAGUUUCUGACUUUAUGAAGAGAUUAAAAGAAUGGAAAAGAGGAGAGGAAAGAAUAUACCUACAACAACCAUUAAAUUCAACAGUGGGACCUUCCAUAGUAGAAGACUACAUGAAAUUUGACUGGCCUUUUGUGACAAGCAAAAAAACCAAACACAACUGGGGUGAAUUAACCUCAAAUGUACUGUUCAUUUCCAUGGAAGGGAAUGUCACUCCUUGUCAUUAUGAUGAGCAACAAAAUCUAUUUGCCCAAAUACAUGGCUAUAAAAGGUGUAUAUUGUUCUCACCAGACCAAUUUGAGUAUUUAUACCCUCACCCUGUAUAUCACCCCCAUGAUAGGCAAAGUAUGGUUGAUUUUGAAAGACCUGACUAUGCUAGGUUUCCAAAAUUCAGGAAUGUUAGAGGAGUUGAAACAGUCAUUGAACCAGGAGAUGUACUGUAUAUUCCAAAAUAUUGGUGGCAUCAUGUUGAAUCUUUGAUGCGUGGAGGACCCACAAUAACUGUCAAUUUUUGGUACAAAGGUGGACCUACUACCCUCGAGUACCCCCUAAUGGACCAUCAAAAGGUUUCGAUAAUGCGGAACGUGGAAAAGAUGUUACUGGAAGUAUUGCAAGACCCGAAAGAAGUUGGGCCUCUGUUGAGAUCCAUGGUCAUUGGGAGGUAUACGGAACAGUGAUUUCUUUUUUUAGGUUACAAAUCGAGAAAGCACUGUUUCUCUGUGAAUAUUUUGUUACCAAUUCAUGUUGUUGAUUAUUUAUUUAAGACCUGUUUUUGGCUGGGGUUUGAAUUUUUUAUUUGAUGUGGAACCCCUUCAGAAAGCAUCUUGCUGGAGUUUUUUACUUAUUGCAAGGAUACCUUACCUCAGAGGUAUUUGUACAGGUUGUCCUAUAAAAUGCCACAAACUGUUACUUUUUGUCGAAUUUCGAAAAAUGGAUUUGAUGGUUUGAAAUAUGGUAUAAACUGGUGUGAAUUUUUUUCAACGUCAACACCGAUGUUUGACAGAAUUUUGUGAAAUUUUUUUUUUCACAAAAAGUUACUUGUGAACUCUUUGAAUUCAGAAAAACGACCUGAAUUAAAGGAAACAAAAAGCAAAACAUUUAAUUUGAAAAAAUAAUCUUUUGUCUCUGUUUUUUCGUUUGAUAUUGACACAAAUUUACAUUUAUAUCAGUUCAUAGUGUUUUUCAACCUAUUGAAUUCUUUUUUUUAUAUAUAUAAAUGGGUUAAAAAGUGACGCAGUUACGACUUUCGGCGUUUUUUAUGGCACACCCUGUGUAUUAUUAGUUAUACCAAAGUAUUUAUUCAUUCGGAAAUUCAUAAUUUUCAAGAGUUCCUGGUUCCUGCCGAUCAUUUUCGGUUUGCGAAAAUCUGAAUCAAACAUAAUCAGGGGUAAAAUUUGUACAAGUGAUAUAAAAUGUCUCUGGAUAUUUCGAGAAAUUAAUCCGCAGUUGAAAUAAUUGAUAUAUUCCAUACUUUAUCAAUUCCCUGUAUAAAUAAAUCAUACCUAUUUAUUGUAGAGUAAGUGUAAACUAUUUUUGUUUUAUAAAAAUAAAGUUAUAUUAUUAGU